UGAGAAGUUCAUGGUGAGACUGAACAAGAACGGAGGACCCAAGAAUCCAGAGAAGGUGGACAGGCUGUGCGCCCUCUUCACGGACUUGAGCAACAAAGACAUGAAGAGAGAUCUCUACAUCGUCUCCCAGGUCAUCAGAACAGGCCGCAUGCUGCUGAAUGACAGUAAGAAGGGUCCUCCUCACGUUCAGUACCGCAGACCGUACGGCUGUGCUGUCCUCGCCAUGAGCGACGUGCUGCAGACCAUCUCAGAACUCAAAGAGGAGAAAGACUUCGUCCUCAAAGUCUACACGUGUAACAAUGAGAACGAGUGGUACCAGAUCCACGAGAACAUCAUCCGCAAGUCCAGCACCAAAUACACGGCUCCGAGCACCAACUACGGUCUGAUCAUCUCUCUGCAGCUGCUGAGAGGCGACAUGGAGCAGGUCCGCAGAGAGAACCCUCUCAUCUUCAGCAGAGGGGUGGCCAUCACGCGUAAACUGGGCUUCCCUGAUGUCAUCAUGCCAGGUGACAUCCGUAACGACCUUUACCUGACCCUGGAGCGAGGAGAGUUCGAGAGAGGAGGGAAGAGUGUUCAGAAGAACAUAGAGGUCACCGUCUACGUGCUCUACGCCGACGGAGAGAUCCUCAAGGACUGCAUCAGUCUGGGUUCAGGUGAGCCCGGCGUGCCCGAGCACCGCUCCUUCGUCCUUUAUCACAACAACAGCCCUCGAUGGAGCGAGGUGAUCAAACUGCCCAUCCCCAUCGACCGCUUCCGAGGAUCCCACCUACGCUUCGAGUUCAGACACUGCUCCACGAAGGACAAAGGAGAGAAGAAGCUGUUUGGUUUUGCCUUCACUCCUCUGAUGAGGGAGGACGGGACCACUCUAUCCGACGAGAGUCAUGAACUCUACGUCUACAAGUGCGAUGAAAACACGACGUUCAGUAACCACGCGCUCUACCUGGGGCUGCCCUGCUGUAAAGAAGACUUCAACAGCUGCCCCAGCAUCCCGUCCAGCCUCAUCUUCCAACGCAGCACCAAGGAGACCUUCUGGAUCUGCACUCAGCUCUCCUCCACCAAGCUCACUCAGAACGUGGACCUUCUGGCCCUGCUGAAGUGGAAAGCUCAUCCAGACCGGGUCAUGGACAUCCUCGGCCGGCUGAGACACGUCAGCGGAGAAGAAAUCGUCAAGUUUCUUCAGGACAUUCUGGACACUUUAUUCUCCAUCUUGGAUGACAACACUGAUAAAUAUGGACCGCUGGUGUUCCAGUCAUUAGUGUUCAUCAUCAACCUGCUCAGGGACAGUAAAUAUUACCACUUCAGACCCGUGAUGGACACGUACAUCCAGAAGCACUUCGCCGGGGCCUUGGCUUAUAAAGAACUGAUCCGCUGUCUGAAGUGGUACAUGGACCGCUCUGCAGAGGUGGUCAGACAGGACCACAUACAGGAGGCCAUGAGGGCUCUCGAGUAUCUCUUUAAGUUCAUCAUCCAGUCUCGCAUCCUUUACUCCCGAGCCACCUGCGGGAUGGAGGAGGAGCAGUUCAGGACCAGCAUCCAGGAACUCUUUCAGUCCAUCCGCUUCGUCCUCAGCCUGGACAGCCGCAACUCGGAGACCCUCAUCUUCACACAGGCCGCUCUGUUGAACUCGUUCCCGGCGAUCUUCGACGAGCUGCUGCAGAUGUUUACGGUGCAGGAGGUGGCCGAGUUUGUGCGCGGGACUCUGGGCAGCAUGCCGUCCACGGUGCACAUCGGACAGUCCAUGGAUGUGGUCAAGCUGCAGUCCAUCGCCCGGACGGUCGACAGCCGCCUCUUCUCUUUCCCAGAGUCUCGGAGGAUCCUGCUCCCUGUGGUUCUUCAUCACAUCCACCUUCAUCUGAGGCAGCAGAAAGAGCUGCUCAUCUGCUCCGGGAUACUCAGCUCUAUAUUCUCUAUUAUCAAGACCAGCUCACUGGACACGUCGGUGCAGGAGGAAGUGGAGAUGAUGGUGGAGUCCCUGCUGGACGUCCUCCUGCAGACCCUGCUGUCCAUCAUGAGCAAGAGCCAAUCGCAGGAGGCGGUAAGGGGUCAACGCUGUCCGCAGUGCACCGCGGAGAUCACU